AGCAGUCUGACCAUUGAGGCGCCCCUGCAGCCCCGUAAACUUGCUGCCGAUGGAGGAUCAUGAGAUAGGACUAUAGGUAGCCUUGCGUAGCAUUGCUCUACGCAGCUACAUCCACGGCACAUGCACAGACGUUACUCCUCUUGCAGACCCUGCCAGCUUUCUAAUAAUCUUAUUGAUUGCGUUGACGAGCUUUCCUGAUUCUGCUUUUGUCCUUCUUGCAGCGGAAGGGGACCUGGACAGGGUUUCGAUUUGGGGCACGAGGGGCGCGAGAGUCACGUAUUGAAAUUCAAUCAAUCUAUUGGCCCAGCUUCGGACCAUCAUUGCAACCACCGCAGGAUGCGAACCUGACAUCUACCGCAGUUGCAUUGCUGUUCCGGAACGUUAGAGCUGAUUCUUUGAAGCUAGACAACCAAGGCAGACUCACUCCGAUCAUUUAUCAUCAGCAAGGACUGAAACUAGUGUUUUGACUCUGUCUCGUGACAGUUCAAGAGUUCAAGGUUCUGUUUGCAUUUGAACCUUCUAAAUCUGCUGCAUGCACCUUAAGCUACAUUGGGGUUAGUUGCAGAGCGCCUCUAGUGAAGUGGGCCUUGAUGCGAUAUAGCAACUAAAGAUUGAGGCGAUCUGAAGUCCAAUCAAUCAGAUCAUAGUAUACCCACAUUAGCACGUCUUACCAGCUGCGAGGGGCAAUGUCACGGGCGGGCGCGGACAAGGAUUUUUCCAAAGCUCCCCAAGGGGAUCCACAACGAGGGGAGGAGAUCUACAAGCAGACGUGUGCCAAGUGCCACGCCAUUAACCCGAAUGCAACGGGGCCAGACUCCCAUGGACCCAAAGCGCCAAACCUGUGGGGACUGUUUGGGAGAAGGUCAGGGAGGCUUCCCGACUUCCCUCGGGGUUACUCACAAGCACUCCAGCUGAAGGGCACAAUCUGGAACGAGGAGACGUUGUACGUCUGGCUGGAGAACCCGCAGAAGUACGUGCAGGGCACCAAGAUGGACUUCGAGGGCCUCCCCGAACCCAAGGACCGGGCUGACGUCAUCGAGUACCUCAAGAAAGCCACGGGCCCGCCGGUACGCACCAAUGAGCGGGGUGAGGCGGCCGGGAGGUACGGGAACCACGGGUGAGGGGCUGCAACGGUCGAAGGAAGACAGGAGCAAGGCUUUUUCCAGCCAAUAUAGUCAGGCUCGAUGGUUUAGGAACGUCAAACCGAGAUGCACGAUUGCCACCGUUGGAGGCAUGAUCAGUGCACCCGCCAAAGGAAUAGCUUGUAGCUGCAUUCUUUCUGAAAUAAGAGCGGAAAAGUUUCUGGAUCGAUAUUGCAAAAGCUGUCGAUCAGCGGCUCAUUCCAUACUACGUGCAAGCAAGUAAAGCCGUCUCAUUUUAUAGGAUCAAUUGAACGUACGGCUUAGUCAGUCACGGUACGCUGCAUUCCAGCCUAACUUGUGACCGUCAUGCCAAUGGACGUGCAAGAUCAUCCGAUCGAAAGAGCUUGGGUGCAUAGAUAUGUUGCACAAACACAGAGCAUUGGGGCCGU